UUUCACCAGCGUUUUUCCAAAAUCCGACAUGGCGAAGCAUCAUCCCGAUUUGAUUUUCUGUAGAAAGCAAGCAGGAGUUGCUAUUGGUAGACUUUGCGAGAAAUGUGACGGCAAAUGUGUGAUUUGUGACUCGUAUGUGCGUCCGUGUACCUUAGUGCGCAUAUGUGAUGAGUGUAACUAUGGCUCGUACCAAGGACGUUGUGUCAUCUGUGGAGGGCCCGGAGUAUCUGAUGCUUACUACUGCAAAGAAUGUACCAUUCAAGAAAAAGAUAGAGAUGGAUGCCCUAAGAUUGUCAAUCUCGGCAGCUCCAAGACGGACUUGUUCUACGAGAGAAAGAAGUACGGCUUCAAGAAGAGGUGAUGUCAUUUCACGACAGAAGGCAACAGGAAAAUUUAGAACAUUCCAACUUCAGUUACUACCUUGGAUUUUGGAUUUAAAAAAGCUUUGUAAUUCAGCUUGACAUGGAAGCAGAAUGGUUAAAAAUCCAUUGAACUGUCGGACAAAUCCUGGAUAGUUUAACACUUGAGAAUUUACAUGGAAUUUAAGCAGCGUAUUGUUACUACAUGUACAUUGGUUGUCAAGAAGAAAAAUCGAGCAGCGGGCAACCUUCUGCAUCCUUCAAGAGAUUAUUUGUAAAAAUAUUUUUAUAAAUCCCACAUAAAAGAGUUUGGAGGUUAAGAACUUUUCAGAGAUACCUUUUCAUCCUCAUGUCUCACUACAGGGAAUAGAUACAUUUUGUUAUUGGAUUUAUUCUCAGUUAAAGGGAAGGUACACGUUUGGUAAUUACUCAAUCAAAACACAUACU